AUGGAUCCCGCCUCCCUGGAGCCACCUCGCAAGCAGGGCUUCCUGUCGGCCCUGCUUCAGCCCCUGCGUGACUUUGGGCUGGGGGCCACCAGCCUAAGGCAGGCGACCAAUGGCCUGUUCGCAUGGCCUUCUAUGCUGGCCUCGUGGGCCAAGGGCAACAACAUCGGGCGGCGCGGGCAGAGCUACCAGGCCAUCCUGGAGUUCCCCGUGGCCUGCGGCAUCUCGGUGGGCACACCCGUCCGCAUCCGGGGCGUGCCCGUGGGUGGCGUGCUGGGCGUGCAGCCCAGCCUGGAGAAGGUGGAGGUGCUGGUGGAGAUCCGCGACUCCACCACCGUCAUCCCCCGCAACUCCCUGAUCGAGGCCAACCAGAGCGGGCUCAUCGCCGAGCCGCUGAUCGACAUCACGCCCCAGCUCCCCCUGCCGGAGUACAAGGGCAACCCGCUGGACGACUCGUGCGAGGAGGAGGGCAAGGUGGUGUGCCACCAGGGCCGCAUCCGCGGCGAGCGAGGCGUGGCCAUGGACGACCUGGUGUACAUCUGCACCAAGAUCGCGCGGCAGAUGGAUGCCGCGGGGCUCGACCGCAUGUUCUCUGCCGUGGACGCGGCCCAGGCAGCGCUGGAGGGCGCAGAGCCCCUUCUCCAGCGCGCCAUGGCGCUGACAGAGCAGAUCAUCCCCCUGCUGGAGGAGCUGAGGCAGGGGGGCUUGCUGGGCAACGUGGAGGCGCUGACCUCGGUGGCGGCCGAGGCGGCAGCCGACAUCCAGCGGCUGCAGGUGGAGGUGCUCACCGACGGCAACGUGCGUGCGCUCCGGGAGGCGGUCCAGACCCUGACCAAGACCCUUGCCCACAUCGAGCGGAUAGCAGGCGAGUUCGGGACGCUGUCGGGCGACAAGAGGGUCGUGGCCAACCUCAAGCAGUUCAUAGAGGCCCUGAGCCGGCUGGUGGCGGACUGA